GCUGGACACAGAUGAUCAAAAGUUUGCCUUAUUUAGGGACGGAGGGAGUAGACACCACCUUCUUUUAGAAUUUUCCUCAUGUUUAUAUAGUAUGCAAGAAAAUAAGAUCGAUUUUAAACAUCGAUUUUCUUAAGUUCGAGCAAAUAAUCAUGCAAAAUUUUAAAAUUAUUUUUGAAUUUUGAUAAUGAUGUCACCUAUGCUACUAAAAUUUUUAAUAUAAAAUAAAACUUGCACAAAUAGUAACAAAAUAGAGAGACGCUAUUAAUGAGUGAUUGAACCAUUUUUAAUAGUUUGGAGAGUAAAUUGAGCUAAAAAUAGUUUAGUGAUUAAAUUAUCUAAUAUCCGUCGCCAAUAACAAAAGAAUACCUUUUCGCUUAUAACGGAUCUAGGUAUGUUGGUUGGAGUGUUUAAGAUCCCCUGCUGUUGCAAAUGGUGUGUUCAAGUGUAGUACUACUAUCUUUAUUAUGGAAAUAAGUACUCAUGAAAAUUAAUCCGGACAUAUUUUGAGAAACACCUAGUUAUAUUUUGAAACAAAACGAGUAAGAUGUUUUAAUCAUAUUUAAGAUUAAUAUAUUUAUAUAUGUAACUAGAUUUAUUACUAUUUAUAUAAACAUGAAGGAAGCAGUAUAAAGAAAAUAGAGAUCUGAUGGACAGCGAAGGAGAGAGGACAGGUGAUCGGAGAGAAGAAGACAUGCAACCUCCAAAGCAAAGGCAAAAGAGGAGGACCAAAAAAAAGAAAAAGAAACUGGAGAGAGAUAGCUCCCCUCCACUUCACUCUCCAAUAGCAAGCAGAAGUGAGUGAGAGUGCGCUCCCCGAGGAAGGAAGGAAGACAACCGUCUCCGUCUUCCUCAUGCUGUCUCACCCUGCUCUGCUUACCUUAAUGUGCAAGUAUUACUUCCACUAAUUGCCGCCGCCGGCCACAGCCACCGAGCUCCGACGACGAGAAUCGAAGGUGGUGCAGGUGUUUUGUUGGUUGGUAUGAAGGGCCGCCACCAUUACUCCUCGCCGUCGCCGUCGCCGCCGCCCAAGCGCCGCUGCACCGCCCUGGCCGCCGCCGUCCCGGCGCUCGUCGUCUGCUCCAUCCUCCUCACGCUCGUCUUCCUCCUCGGCCUCCACCGCCCCGGGUAUGGAUCGGGGGAGCGCGCCGCGGUUGUCAUCACCACCAAGCUGGGGUUUGGCAAGCACAAGCAUCUGGAUGCGAGGAUGAAGCACAAGCUACUCAAGGAAUUUUCUUUCCCUGGAUCUCAUGGUAUUUCAGGUGCAAAAUCUGGUGGUAGAUCAAAGUCCAAGAAUCUUUCUACCAAAUCAAAACAAAAGCUCAAGGAUGUUUUAUCCUUAGUUCAGCUAAAAGAUGGGACAAGAAAAAACAAAGGACUUCACACAGAAAGAAGAUACGAGUUAAAGGACUUAUCCAGGAAAUCAGUGGAUACUACUACUGAUAAGAAAGAGAACAUCCAAGAGGUAGAGCACGAGGAGAAUCCCAAAUCCUGUGAACUUGAAUAUGGGAGCUACUGCCUCUGGUCUGUUGAGUAUAAGGAAGUGAUGAAAGAUUUUAUUGUGAAGAGGCUUAAGGAUCAACUAUUUAUGGCAAGAGCUCAUUAUCCUAGUAUAGCAAAGCUGAAGAACCAGGAAACAUUUACACGUGAACUGAAACAAAACAUCCAAGAACAUGAACGCAUGCUCAGUGACACCAUUGUAGAUUCUGAUCUUCCACCAUUUUUUGCAAACAAGCUAGAGAAAAUGGAGCGCACAAUUGAAAGGGCGAAGUCUUGUGAAGUAGGUUGCUCAAAUGUUGAACGGAAACUUAGGCAGCUACUUGAUAUAACUGAAGAUGAAGCUUAUUUCCAUACAAGGCAGAGUGCAUUUCUCUAUCAUCUUGGAGUACAAACUAUGCCAAAAACUCACCAUUGCUUGAACAUGAGAUUAACAGUUGAAUAUUUCAAAUCCAUGUCUAUUCGUAUGGACCAGUCAAAUAAGCAGAAGCUUCAAGACCCUACAUUCCAACACUAUGUAAUAUUUUCCAAGAACGUACUUGCAGUUUCAACUACUAUCAAUUCAACAGUUAUGAACUCCAAGGAUUCUGGUAACACUAUUUUCCAUUUAUUCACUGAUGCACAAAAUUUUUAUUCGAUGAAGCAUUGGUUUGACAGAAAUUCAUAUUUGGAAGCCACUGUUCAUGUGGCUGACAUUGAGGAUCACCAGAAGAUCUAUAAGGAUGUUGAUUCUCAUGGUAUGAAACUGUUAUGGCCUGCUGAGGAAUUCCGGGUCACAUAUCGUAACCGUUCUGAAUCUUUCCAGAAGCAAAUGAAAACUGAAUACAUUUCUACUUUUGGCCAUUCACAUUUCCUCCUUCCUGAUCUUCUUCCUACCUUGAAUAGAGUAGUUGUUCUGGAUGAUGAUUUGAUUGUCCAGAAAGACUUGUCAUCUCUGUGGAAUAUCAAUAUGGGAAGUAAAGUGAUUGGAGCUAUUCAGUUCUGUGAAGUUAGACUAGGACAAUUGAAAGCUUAUACAGAGGAACAUAAUUUCAACAAUAAUUUAUGUUUGUGGUUGUCUGGUCUGAAUGUCAUUGAAUUGGAAAAAUGGAGGGAGCUCCAGAUCACCAGUCGGUAUGAUCAAUUGCUUCAAAAGUUGCAAAAGGACAGCGUGGCAUCAUUUCCACUCAAAGUACUUCCUAUAAGCUUACUUGUCUUUCAAGAUUUGACAUAUCCAUUGGAAGAUUCAUGGGUCCAAUCAGGUCUUGGACAUGAUUAUGGAAUUAGUCAAACUGAUAUAAAAAAAUCUGCUACUCUGCAUUAUAAUGGUGUCAUGAAACCUUGGCUUGAUUUGGGCAUACAUGAUUAUAAGGGCUACUGGAGAAAGUAUAUGACCAACGGGGAAAGAUUUAUGACAGAUUGCAAUAUACAUUAAUAGCAGAGAUUCACUAUAUGCUGCAUUUGUGGUAUUUUGGAGUAGAAAACCUUGUGAACUUUGCUUGAACCGAAGGUGAUCUGACGUGGUGAAAUCUGCUUCAGUAUUUAUUAUGAAUCGGCUAUACCUAGAUGGCAUGGUGGCACUGCAUCAAUUACAAAAUGGAACCAACAUGAGAUGCUUUCUGCCAAAAUUUAGCCAAUAGUAAAAAUGAAAGCAGAUCACCAACAUUAAUACCUUUGAAGUAGAUUAUAGGUUUAGCGAGGUGUAUGAUGAUUCUUCCCCAUGUUGUACGUUGGGAUGUACCACUUUGAGAUUGCAAAAGUGCAGUUAGCUGGUGGCCAUCUUUCUUUUUUUGUUAUAUAAAUUCUUUCAUGUAAUGACUGGCAUGGCAUGUACAGAGGUUAAAAUGCCUUAACCAGAAAUUAUUGAAUGAUUUUUUUGGCACAUGGUUGACAAUUGGUAUUAUGCAAAUAUGCAAUGUAGCCUCCAGGGAAUUUAAGAAACUUUAUGUUUGUACAGAAGGGUUGUAGUAUUGUCGCUGAAAAGCAGCCCGUGUUUGGUACAGAUAAGAAAAAAAAAAGUUAAAUCAGUACAUUAGGGUGCAUCUUUUCAUUGACACUUGGCCAUGCAAAAGUGCAGUUCCUGGUCUUUUUAAUAUUCUUACUUGAUAUGCUUUACCAAAAAAAAAAAAGAGUAAGCUACACAGAAU